CAGAAAUCACUUAUUUUUCAACAAUAAUUAAAUAGAUUCAACAUCUUUCUUCAACAGAAUUGCAGACUGCACAGAUGCACCUAUAGAAGUACUAUAGGUUACUAGGGUGUAUAUUAGACUUAUUAGUUACUAUAUACAAUAAUGGAUUUCUAUACAUUUAAUCAGAUGACCACUUUUGUUGUAAGAUUCAGAUAAUUAUUUAUUCAAAGUUUUUAAAUGACAUAACAAAGAAAAAUAUUUCUUUGUGCCCCCCUUUCCCUGUUAAUGCCCAACCUGGCCCCUGACAAAACUUUACUAGACCCGCCCCUGGACAGUUACCAGCCGUCAGCUAUGUAGAAAAGGAUCCUGCUGUUAUUUGUCUCUCAAAAACAGCUCAUAACUUCUCUUCAACUCAUUCAUGUCACCUAAAAGGUAAACCUGUUUCUCCAUCACCUGUUCAGCUCUGUGAAUGAGUGAAUGAGAGAAGUAGCUGCAACUGCGCAGCAAAGACAGAAUAACUCCUGCUUUGUGUCUAUUUUUUAAUUCUAGCUGAAGUACCGGACAAAUCGCUUCCUUUUCACCUCAAUAUGGAACUCCGAUGGCCAAUCCAGCUGGGGCUCAAUAUAUCAGUUGUUAAGCUUAACGUGGAAAUACUAUGCAAACAUUCAGGGAUGAACUUACACACUUGCUUUACUUCUCCGUGAUAGUUUUCCCCGAGAUGAAAUGCCGCGGUUAGGAAGCAUGUAGCGAGGCUCUAUCUAUCUAUCUAUCUAUCUAUCUUCUUCGCAUCUUUCCUUCACGUCAUGACGUUUUCCAUCCAUAUUAAGGUAAAGUGAUCAGGAAAAGGGGAUAGGAGGGACUUCUUUUUGGUGCUUUCCCUCAACUCUCCCCCGUCUGCGCUACUGGCUUCGUGUCAGGUGGAAUACGCCGGAAAUGGGAUGGGUCUACAGAUAACCACGUGGGUUUCUGCUCCCUGAUCUAUUUCCUGUGUCUGGAAGGAAUUCCAGCUUCAUCCCUUCUCUCGGUUUGUGGGUUCUAAGCAGGAGGAGAAGAGUCUGACGGAGCAGCAGAGGAACAUUUUCAUCCACCUGGACUCAGCUGAGUCACUACAGAGGAAACAAUGAGUUCAACACAAAAGGACCAACAUGGACUGAGAAGUCAGUGCUCUCAGGAGCCCGACAAACCUCACAGAAGAAAGAGAGAGAAAACAUACACCUGUGACGAGUGUGGGAAGGAUUUUACUGUAAAGUCUAACCUAAGAAGACAUCAAGUGAUCCACACUGGAGAGAGACCGUUCAGCUGUGACUUGUGUGGAAAAUCUUUUAGUUUGAGGAAUACCUUAAAGACACACAAACGCAUUCACAGUGGAGUUAAACCAUUCAAGUGUAACCUGUGUGGAAAGUGUUUUACUCUAAAGAAUAACCUAAAUAGUCAUACGCUCAUCCACACUGGAGAGAAACCAUUCAGCUGUGACUUGUGUGGAAAACCUUUUAGACAGAAGAGUGGGCUAAAAAUUCACCAACUCAUCCACAGUGGAGUUAAGGCUUACAAGUGUGAUCAGUGCGGUAAAUCUUAUACUCGCAAUGAUGCCUUACAGACUCAUCAAGUUUCCCACUCUGGAAUUAAGGCGUACAGCUGUGACUUUUGUGGGAAAACCUUUAACAACCUUGGACGCCGAAAUAAACACCAACGCAUUCACACUGGAGAGGAUGUGUACUGCUGUGAUCAGUGUGACAAAUGGUUUACAACAUAUGCACACUUACAAAUCCACAAAAUUACCCACACCGAAGAGAGAUCCUAUAAAUGUGACCUGUGUGAGAAGGCUUUUAAAUAUCCACAUUCCCUGAAAGAACACCAACAGAUCCACACCAGAAAGAGACUCUACAAGUGCAGUUACUGUGAGAAGCAGAGCGACACAGAUGGAUCCAGUUCUCAACCCUGUCAUCACUGUGGUGGUGGGAAAGACUUUCACUGUGACCUUUGUGGAAAAACUUUCUAUCAUCAAAGGAACCUAAAAAUACAUCAACGUGGACAUACUGGACAAAAGUUGAACUACUGCAAAAAAUGUGGCAGAGGCUUCCCCACACCUAGUGCAUUAAAACGCCAUGAACUCAUUCACAGUGGGGUUAAAAAGCACGUCUGUGACCAGUGUGGGUCAUCCUUCACCACUGCAGGUCAGCUUAAAGCACAUAAACGAGUCCACACAGGAGAGAAACCAUACAAGUGCACAUACUGUGACAAAAGCUUCUCACAUUCAAAUAGCCGUAUACUUCAUGAACGUACACACAUGGAAGGAAACUACAGCUGUGACCAGUGUGACAAAAGCUUCAAGAAUCUCAGUUCAUACUCCAAACACAAACGAUCCCACGCUGUAAAUAAACAGUUUCAGUGUGACCAAUGUGCAAAAACAUUCACUUCAUUAUCUGCUCUGUGCAAACAUCAACAUGAUCAUACAGGGCUGAAAUCACUCCCAUCAUUUGGUCACAGUGAAUCCGAAGAGAUGAAAAUCUCCUCUUCUGGUUGCAGGGAGAGACUUAAAAGCCUUGAGAUCAGGCUCCACAGAGUUCAGAUGAAAUCUCCUGUAAAGGGUGUCAGCUAAUAUCACAGUUAGAUCUGAUGAGGUAGUGUUUCUGGGCUUGCAGUGAGUAAUGGAGUUCAAAUAUAAGAAUCUGCAUAUAUAUAUAUAUAUAUAUAUAUAUAU